AUUAUUUAAAACUCCAAAACAACCAACAUGUUAUUCUUGGAGUUAAUGUCACUAUUAUAAAUGUCACCUUAACGUGUAGAGAGGUUUAGAAAGAGUUUGUGCCACACGAGGAAGACUUUACUAUAUAAUAUGGCAUAUUUGGACGAUUGCAAAAACUUUUCAAUGCAAAUGGGAUUUUAAUAAUUAUUUGGAUCAAUUAUUUAGAUGUGUUCCGCAUUGAGAGAUGAUGACAAGAGAGAAAGAGGGUAAUAAGCAAAUAAGCAAUGGAGAAAAGGGAAGCCAGGAGAAGAAUAGUGUUAGUUCCAAUAUCAGCACAAGGUCAUGUUACUCCAAUGCUGCAACUUGGGAAAGCCCUUUACUCGAAGGGAUUCUCAAUUACAGUUGUUGAGGGACACUUCAAUCAAGUUAGCUCAUCUUCUCAACACUUCCCUGGCUUUCAGUUUGUCACCAUUAAAGAAAGCUUACGAGAGUCUGAUCAAGGAGGAAUCGGGUUUAUGAUAAAGCUCAACAAAACCAGUGAGGCAAGCUUCAAGGACUGUAUAGUUCAGUUGCUGCUACAACAAGGCAGUGAUAUUGCUUGUAUCAUCUACGACGAGUUCAUGUACUUCUGUGGAGCUGCAGCCAAGGAGUUCAACCUUCCCAGUGUCAUCUUCAGCACCGAAAGUGCUACAAAUUACGUUUCAUGCUGUGUACUAAGUAAACUCAAUGCUGACAAGUUCUCGGUUGAUAUGGAAGAUCCUGGAAUGCAAGAAAAGAUGGUGGAAAAUUUGUAUCCACCAUUACGAUACAAAGACCUACCGACUUCAGGAUUCGGGCCACUAGAAGACCUUUUUGAGCUAUGUAGGGAAGUAGCUAACAAAAGAACAGCUUCCGCUGUUAUCAUCAACACGGUGAGCUGUCUAGAGAACUCGUCUCUGUCAUGGUUGGAACAAAAAAUUGGAAUUCCGAUGUACGCUAUAGGCCCUCUUCACAAUAUGACAGAUUCAGCACCUUCUAGUUUACUUGAAGAUGACAGGAGCUGCAUUGAUUGGCUGAACAGGCAGAAACCAAGGUCAGUGAUAUACGUAAGCAUGGGAACUGUAGUUCAAAUGGAAACCAAGGAAGUUCUGGAGAUGGCUUGGGGAUUGUGUAACAGCAACCAACCAUUUUUAUGGGUCAUCCGACCACGUUCGUGCCCUGGCUUCAAUGGGAUAGAGUCAUUGCCAAAAGAAGUCAGUAAGAUGAUUUCAGAAAGAGGAUACAUUGUGAAACGGGCACCGCAGAUAGAAGUACUUGGACAUCUUGCGGUGGGAGGAUUCUGGACCCACUGUGGAUGGAACUCAACACUCGAGAGCAUUGCAGAAGGAGUUCCAAUGAUUUGUAGGCCUUUUCAUGGCGAGCAGAAGUUGAACGCUAUGUAUAUAGAAAGUGUUUGGAGGAUAGGGUUUCAGGUGGAAGGGAGUAAAGUGGAUAGAGGAGAGGUUGAGAGAGCUGUGAAGAGGUUGAUGGUGGACGAAGAAGGAGCCGAGAUGCAGGAGAGAGCCCUUGUUCUAAAAGAGAAGCUCAAAGCCUCUAUGAAAAGUGGGGGUACCUCAUACAACGCUUUUGAUGAGCUUGUCAAGUACUUGAAGACAAUGUGAAACUGUUCAUCUUCAUGUAUUGUUAAAGACACUUGAAUUGUAUAGAUCAAGCUUGAUCUUGCAAAAUUUAGAAGUGUGUGGUUUUUUUUAUGCAAAUAAAAGUUGUAUUCGAUGUUGGGUUUACAGCUUGAAUUAUGUUUUCCUUAUA